AUAUCUAUUAUAAAAUAAUCUAUAGGUAUAUUAUACUUAUAUCUGUCAGUCUUCAAUGCGCUUUCUUUGAGACACGUCCAGCAAUCUUCAUAACAAGUCAACAAUCUUCAUAACAAAUCAAGGCAAAGUUAAAGAAUGUCGCUUGAGGUGAAGUGCGUUAAUGUAAUUUAAAACUGAAGAAUUUUCCUGAGCACGGGGGGAAAGAAGAUCCUGUAUGGUUCUAAGAUGUUCAAUAGUACUAGUCUGUACAACGUUUCUCAACUUUUUGACUAUCAUCGGGUGCAUAAUCAUUAAGAAAUGAGAAAAUGUUUUUAUAAAAAUGCUUAUAUUGUGAUUUAUCUGCAAGUGAUUAAAACGAUUUAUCUUUUGGGAGAUGAUUAAUCAGUUUAUUAGUGUUCAGAACUAAGGUACGAAGUGUUGUUGCUGAUAUUGAAUGAUAUUUUUUAUGAGAAUUUGAAAUGUUUUAUUUUAUUUCUUGUUUUUAUAAGACAAAAAAUAUUCACUGGAGUCAAUGACCACACCAUAAUCCAGUACAAGAACGCAUCAAAUUAUUUACCUAUGUGAGCUUACCAAAAAUGUGAAGUGGUUUGAGAAGUUCUAGAAUGAAUAAACUUUCAUUAUUUAUAGCUAAUGGGUGCCAUAGUCUGAUGAAAUGGAUUUCAGAAGUGGAUGUUACACUGGGACAAACUUGUUUAAUCUUUUAGAAGUGGACAUUACCCUGGGGACAACUAGUUUAAUCUUUUAGAAGUGAAUGUUACCUGGGAAUAACUAGUUUAAUCUUUUAGAAGUGAAUGUUACCUGGGGACAACUAGUUUAAUCUUUUAGAAUAAGUGAGGGUUACUUACUGGAAAUGAUUUUAAAUCUAUGGAAAGAGAGAUUGGUUUUAUUCAUUAUAAAUAAGAAGUUGUCAAUAAAAGAUUAACAAGAUUAAUCAGGUAGAAAUAAAGACUUGCUGUGUAUAUAAAUAAACUGUGGGAAGAAUGGAGAACAAUAUUAAAAUAAUUAUAUUUGUGUUUUUGGCAGACAUCCAUACAGUAUUAUGCCAGGAUGUAGAAAUUUCUAAUGAUGUCAGUAAAGCGUUCAUUACUAUAGCUGUCCUUGUGGCAAUUUUAAUCAUCUCUUUUGUUGUUGCUAAGAUAUUUGACUACUGCUACGAUCAUUCCACUCUCCGUGAUGAUGACAGUAACAUCAGUGAAGACACAAGGAAGAAAAUUCGUGAUCGAUUAUUAGGAGCAGGAGCAAAAGCCAAAAAGAAAGAAGUCAAAAAUAAAAUUUUGGCAGUCCACAGGGCAUCUUUAGUUAUUCGGCAUUUAUCCGAAAUGGCAACGAAACGAAGGGCUUCUCAACAAGCUUACGAGAUAGAUGAAGAAAAUGAAGACCCAGCAUCUGGUCAGAAAAAAGGUGCUGCAAAAGUCACCUUUGUUGAUGAAGAUCAGAAAUCAUUGGCCAGUAAUUCAAAAACACUUCAAGUUCCUGGAAAAGGUGCAUUGAAACAUAUCAGUAAUGGUAACUCUAAAGUAUCACCAGCAGAAAUAACACCGACCAAAAAGCAACCAAGUGAAUCUAAUCAAAAGAGUAAAGUUACUCCCAACAAUAAACCUGUGCAAAAACCUCCUGUAAUUUCUGCGCCAUCAUCAGCUAACAAAACAUCAAACGUGGCACCUUCAACCAAAGCAAAGAAUGGUAUAAAGGCAGAACAAACAGUGGAAUCACAAAACAAGGUCCCUGUCGAGAUCGGGAGUGAUGUUAAAACUCCUCCUAAAAUAUUGAUCAAACGGCCUACGGAAGCUGACCUUGUACAAAAUCUUCAAAAUGAUCAAUCGACAAAAUCAAAGACAGAAACCGAUCCAGUAACAAAGCCAUCAAACUCUUUGUCGCCCACGGGUGACACAAAACCUUCGAAUAUACAAUUAUCUGUUUCUUCACCGAAACAAAGUGAAAAGACACGUCGAACAGGGCAAAUGAACAGCCAAUCAGCACCGUCUAAAUCAACUCCGGCAGGAGUUCAUAAGAAACUUGAGAAAAAUGCCCAGAAAAGUAAUGCAAAGAAAAACAAACAAUAAUCUGUCAAACAAAUUUAAAUACAGAGAUAAUGUUUUGCUAGCAAAUAGUUCCUGAGAGUAGAGAUAUCAAAGUAUUGUUAUUCAAAUUAUUGUGUUCCGGCUAUUGGAUAGUAUUCGGUAAAUCAUUCUGACUCUUCUGCAUAAUUUCAGCACCGGAGCAUAAUAUACAUAAAGGAAUUUAUUGCACCUGUGGUGAUCUACAAAGUUUUCAAAUCACAAAAUAUUUGUAAGGUGUUCUUUUUUUAUUGAAAUAACUGUGAUAUUUUUAAAAGUGCCAAAUUUUCAUUAAAUAAUGAAAUAAUCUAGUGCUUUAUAAAUUAUCAAAUAUCUUACAUUUUUAGCAGGGUAUAAUGACCCAACAAACAGAUAUUGUGAUGAUUUAUGAUAUAUAUUUUUUUGGUGUCUUUUUUACUGUACAUACCAGUAGUUGAGUGAUACUAGAAAUUAAAGUAGUAUUUUUAUGUAAUGAAAA